AUGCCCCCUCGGAGAGCAACACGCAUGAUGCGCGUCCCCGUGCGCGUCCCCGUACGCGAACAUGACACUGUCAACAUGAUGAUCGCCGUGCCGUCGGGGGUCUGCGUCAACCGCAUCGGCAUCACUUUUCCCCCCACCAUCCCUCCCGUGACCACCUACGAGAUCGAGACCUACUCCUUCCGCGGGUACACGGAGCGGUACUUCCGCCCCCUGCUGGAGGCCGGCGUCGGCUUCUUCCAGGCGGCCACGGGCCUGACGGACAACUGGGUCUUCUUCGGGCUCUUGGUCUUCUUCGGGCUCUUGGUCUCGCUCUCCCUCUGGCUCAUGCUCUUACCGGUCCUCGUCUUGGCCUUCUGGCUCCCCACGCUUGUCUCGCUCGCGAUUCUGCACUACCGCCUCAUAUACUACUCGCGCGGCCGGGUCUUCGUCGACCCGGCGCUGCCGUGGGCGGCGGCCACGCUGGACUACUUCGUCCGGGAGUGGGGGUGGAUCUACGCCGAGCUCGUGCGGCCGCUGGCGCCGCGACGGUUUCCCGAGCUGCGGGACACGGACGCGCCUCCUCCGUACGAGGUGUGCGAGUUGCCUGGACUGGCGCUACGCGAACGCCCCCCGAGCGAGCACAACAUGCAGGUUCCCGUUGCUGAACUUGCGGGCUCUACGCCAUCCUGA